AUGUCCGCUACAGAGCCCGAGUCUCCCCUUCUAACCUCGCUCGGCCAACUUAUUGAUGGCCGUCACUCUGUCCGGCGAUUCUUACCCCAAAAGAUAUCUUCUGAAAUAUUAGAAAAGUCGUUGGCGUUAGCUCAAUUAACCGCAUCAAACAACAAUCUGCAGCCUUGGCGAGCGAUAAUCCUAACUGGCACACCGUUAGAAAUUCUCAAAAAGGCUUUGGCAGAUGCAUGGCGCGAAGGGUGGCCUAAUAUUCCCGACACACCUCAUGAUUAUAUGCAUCACAAAGAGAACUUUGGCGCGGAGCUAUAUGGGAAGCUUCUGGACAUUGGUCGGGAUGAUCAUGAGAAGAGGCAGGCUGCACUGGCAGAGAAUUUCCAAUUCUAUGGAGCUCAAGCAGCAGCAAUUGUGUAUAUGGAUAAUCGACUUUCCAAGUAUGACUUGAUAAGUUCUGGGUUCUGGAUGCAAAAUUUCACACUUGCCCUUCGAGCUCAAGGGGUUGAGGCCUGUUAUAUGGCCAGUGUUGCGGGAUACCCAGAACUCCUACAGCGUGAAUUGGGGCUUGAAGGAGAUGUUAAUUUCUUGAGCGCGAUUGCGAUAGGUUACGAAGACUUGAGUUACGUGGGUAACAGUCUGAGGAUGCGCCGAGAUCCGUGGACAAAUAAUGUCGAGAUUCGAUGA